CGGUUGAGCAUACAUGGCGCACAAAAAACCGCCACGAAACUAAAAUGGCAUAUAAAAUUGUGCGAACACAUUGAACAUUAGCAGUACUUUGUUUGUCCUCAAAUGAAAACAUCAUCAACAUUGGAUAGUGUGUGGUUGUGCAGCGUGUGUGCACCGCGUACCAGCAACAGCGCUCCGUCAAUAUACCCAACUCAAUGUACGCCCAGUGCAAAAAAAAAGACAGCAACCAUUCAAACAAUUUAGUUAUUCGUAAACUGCGUUUAUGGCAACUUCAUUAAAGGAGUGUGAGCAUCACAAACGCUUUGACAAUAAGUUGUGAAACGACACGAAAAAUAUUAACAACACCCGACUAUACAAAGUUGUGCGUCCCGACUUAACUUUGCCGUAUGAUAUAGACAAGAAGCUUCUAGUUGAUUCUCAUUUCAAGCCACAUGGGUGACAUGUAUAUAUGCCAAAGAAACUUAUGGAAGCCAUAAAAAUAAAAACCAAAGCGAUUAUACAGUGUUAUAAAAAAUAAAAUUCAGAGAGAAAGCAAAUCAACAGAGUGAGAGAUAAUAAGAACAUUUUUUAUAUGAAUUUGUGAACUUAUUAACGUUACCGCAGUGACACCAUCACAUAUUGAAAAUUCACCGACUGAAUACUGUGAUAAAUGUACAGCGACAGACUUCAUGAUAUCUUGAUCAUUGUCACGUGAAAAUUUGUAUCAUAAAUAGUGUUCUUAGACUGAGAAAUUACGCAUUAAUUUAAAGAAAUUAGUUGGAUGUGCGUGCGUGUGUAUUUGUUUUGCGGUGAUCGAAAUUCGAAUAAAAUAAUUCAAUGAUAAUGAUUUCGAAUAUGGAAACAAACGAUACAACCAUUAAGAGCACAAGAAAUCCAUAUGUUGACAUCUUUGUGGCCAUAAUUACGGUACCAACACUAAUUCUGCUGGCUUUGCUGUUGGAUGCAAACAUUUCAAGUGACAAUGAUUCGCCGGCUGAGACUCGCUCAACGUUUAUCGUGUUGAUUUUCGGAUUUGCAUUUUUGGUUUUGAGUUCGCUUGUCUGUGGAUGUAUAUUACACAAAAUGAAUAUUUGUGCUUGGAAUCAUCGACAAUAUGAGGAAGAAGUCAUUUCAGCAGCGAAUCGUUCCAAUUCCAUCGAUUGUGUACAUGUAAUUGAUUUGCCGCCGACGUAUGAGGUUGCCACGAAACAAGGAAACUUUCCAGCAUUGUCAUCGUUUUUAAAGCCACCGCCAACAUAUGAAAUGGCUUGUAGUACUGAAAAACUUGCCCAAAGCAACUCCACCGGUACCAUCCAUCACAUUUGAUGCUUGUGGUUAGCGACACAACAUUUAUAACUGAACUUUUUAUUUUUGUAUUUAUAAAUUUACGAGGAAAAAAGAAGAUGAUUUUGUAGCAUGGUUUCUCCUUUGCCUGAAAUUUGUAGUUUUAGAAAUUUUUGUAUGAAAUGUGGAAAUCGGCAGAUGAAAUGAAUGUUUCGAUAUCCGACACAUUCAAUCAAUGGAAACGAAAUUAUUGAACAUCGAGCUUAAGUUAUGGAUAUAUGUUUGAUUCAUGUAGUUAGCAUGUGAUAAUUCAACGGAAACGAACAUUUGGUAAUAUCGUGCAUAUUAUUCUGAUAGCAUAGCAACGUUUAGAGUAAAAGAAGACUGUCACAGAUGAGUGUUCAUCACUUAAUCAAAAAAAGUAUUAAUCAAAUAAAAAAAAUUGAUAGAUGUGGAAAAAAACGGAAAUCAAUCGAUGAGCACUUGA